CUUCAGGUUGAUCCGAGUGAUCACUCGAUCACAGCGUUCAGUCGAGCACAGCAAACCUCGUAGCCCUUUUGACCGGAGCCAUGGCUGACUCCAAGGCGCUGAGCCGUGGUGCAGUGGCCACCGCAGCUGCCAUCGCCUUGGUGUCGCGGCUCCGCGACGCUGGUUUUCUCCAACGGCUCGCGCUGGACAAGGGAUCGCCUGUCCACAGCCUCCACAUCUUGAUGACUUCCGUGGCCUAUUACGGCUAUGAGCGGCUCAUGACUCUGAUCUUGCAACGCCUGGGAAUGACGAGGAUGCCCCCGAGCCUUGCUGCCGUUGAUGCCAAGGCUCUGGGUCGCGGUGCAGUGGGCGCGGCCGCGGUCGCGGUCCUGCUGGCGCGCAUCCGGGAUGUGAAGCAUCUCCCGCGCCUCUUGCUGGACAAGGAGGACAACUCCCCGAAGCAAAGUCUCCAUAUCCUGGCAUCCUCCGUGGCGAUCUUCGGCUACGAGCGGUUCGUUGCCAUGGUCUUGCGUCGCCUGGGCCUGACGAGGAUGCCCUCCACUUUGGCAGCCAUGCUGACACUCUUUGCCGGUUUGCGCGUCGUUCAGAAGCUGAAGGACAGGCAGACUUCGGACAGGCUGGCGGAGAUGCUGAAGCCUGGCGUGGACUUCCUGGGCCGCUGGAUGGGGCUCUUCCUGGCACCUCCAUUGGUUUCCUUGGAUGCCUCCAUCGCGCGGCUGCCACCAUACAGUGGACGGGUGUGGGCCAACACUACGGCUGUGCUGGGCCUCGGGUGGGGUGCCACGCACGCCGCCGCAGGGGCGGUGGCCUCGACGCUGGCGCCGGUGCCUGCGGCACCUGCGACGGCGGCACCUGCGCAGAUCGCCAGGCCUCGCUGGCAAUCGACGGACGCAAUGAGCAGGACGCCGAGCAAACCCCUGCAAGAGCCAGCGCCACCGACAGCCGAAGACAAGAUCAACGAGGACAAGGCCUUGCAGGAAGAAGCGGUGAGGCGCAGUUGGGUCCUCCUGGGGGCCCUGGGUUUCCUCGGAGUGGCCUGCACGCCAGUCCUGCCGGCAAUGCUGCAUCGACCUGUGGGGAUGCUCUGUGAGAUGAGCACUACCGUGUGCGCUUUCUCAUUGACCAAACUGCUUCCCGAUGCAGUGCAGCGCGUGCUUCACCCGCUCGUGGUCUGUGCGGUGUCCUCCAACUUGGCGUCCCGCUUUGUGGGCCCAGUGGCGCCGUACUUCGACCAGGGCCGCGGGGUCGGUGACAGGCUCUUCACCUGGCUGCCGGCGGCGGUUACAGGCCUUGGCGUACGAAUGUACAACACCACUGGCCUUUGGUUGGACAACCCCCAGGACUUCAAGUGCGUCCUGGGAACCUGCGCUGCCUCCGGCUGCUUUUCGAUUUUCCUCACCGCCCUCGGAGCCGUGAACACCUUUUCUCCGCUGUCAGUGCCGGCACCGCUCUCCCUGCCGAUGCUGCACCGCUCGGUGAUGUCCGCACUCGGCAUCGAGGGCUCGCAGGCGAUUGGUCCCGAGUGUGAUCCAAAGUUGGCCGUAGCGUCAAUUCUGAUCACUGGGUGCAUCGGGGCCUCUCUGGGCAAUACCUUGCUGGAAGCGUUCCCAUUUUUCCGCGCGUCUUCUCCGUUGGUCAGAGGUGUCGCCAUGGGGUGCUCCGCACACUCCAUCGGCACAGCAGGGCUCAUCUCCCUGGGGGACACACAGGCCGCUGCCGUCUCCGGCGCCGCUAUGUGCCUUGCCGGCACCAUGCACACCCUGGUGUUGCAGGUGCCGGGUGUCGUCCCCGGCAUCCGCGCUUUGGCGCAGCUGCCUGCUUGAAGCGGCAGGCAGACGCCGGAGUGAUUUUCCACAAGAAGUGUUGCGGCGAAGUUUUGGCCGCACUCUUGUUGCACCAAGUUGCAUUGCCAGACUUUGCUUCCGGUUU